AUGUUUGCUCCUUCGGCGGUUUAUACCUAUGGACAUCACAAUUCCGGAACAGAUGAGGACGAUGGGUACGUCUGGGCCAGGGGUGUGCGGAAGAUUUUUUUCGGAAAAAUUUCGGAAAAAUCGGUUUUUCCGAAUUUUUUUCGGAAAAAUUUCGGAAAAUCGGUUUUUUUCCGAAUUUUUUUCGGAAAAAUUUCGGAAAAAUCGGUUUUUUUCCGAAUUUUUUUCGGAAAAAUUUCGGAAAAAUCGGUUUUUUUCCGAAUUUUUUUCGGAAAAAUUUCGGAAAAAUCGGUUUUUUUCCGAAUUUUUCGGAAAAUUUCGGAAAAAUCGGUUUUUCCAAAUUUUUUUAUUCGGAAAAAUUUCGGAAAAAUCGGUUUUUUUCCGAAUUUUUUUCGGAAAAAUUUCGGAAAAUCGGUUUUUCCGAAUUUUUUUUCGGAAAAAUUUCGGAAAAAUCGGUUUUUUUCCGAAUUUUUUUUCGGAAAAAUUUCGGAAAAUCGGUUUUUUUCCGAAUUUUUUUCGGAAAAAUUUCGGAAAAUCGGUUUUUUUCCGAAUUUUUCGGAAAAAUUUCGGAAAAAUCGGUUUUUUUCCGAAUUUUUUUUCGGAAAAAUUUCGGAAAAUCGGUUUUUUUCCGAAAUUUUUUUCGGAAAAAUUUCGGAAAAUCGGUUUUUCCGAAUUUUUUUCGGAAAAAUUUCGGAAAAAAAUCGGAAAAAAAUCGGAAAACUCACUUGUUCAUUGGUUCAAUAAAGUGUUUGACAAAAACACGCUUUCUCACCGUUUUUCCGCCCAGUUAAAUAUACGUCCCACUUUCCCAUUACGUCAGCUUUUCUGAAAAAACAACACAAAUCGCAACAAUCGGUUCAUUAGAAUGAGAGAAACGAAAGAAAUUGCGUAAAAUUUAAAAAUCAAAUUUAAAAAGACGCUCGCUGCUAGACCCUUCCAAAAAUUUUGUGAUGAUGCGCCUUUAAAAAGCAUACGGUGGUUUCGGACAAAUUGACCUUGAAUCCACACUAAUUUUCCGAAAAUUGCUCGGAAAAUCGGAAAAUUUCGGAAAAUCGAAAUAUUUUCCGCACACCCCUGGUCUGGGCAAUGUUCUGCGAAAAGGGGGGGGGCUCAAAACGAUCACAAAUUGUUUGCAGUCAACCGCAUCUUCAAGGUCUCGACGGUUCCGACGGUCAAUGCAUGGUGUGCGGCGAUCGAUCGGCCGGCAAACACUAUGGAGUCAUGGCGUGUUAUGGUUUGUUAAACGGCGCGCAAAUCUUGAAUCCGAAAACGCCCCCUCCCCGAGAUUUUUCAGGCUGCAAAGGCUUUUUCCGUCGCACAAUCCGCUCUCAACAGACGUACACGUGUCGCUUUUCGCAAAAGUGCGCAAUAGACAAAGAUCAGCGGAACGCGUGCCGAUAUUGUCGAUUUCAACGAUGUUUGACGGUCGGAAUGGAGCCGGAGGCGAUCCGUCCGGACCGUGACAUCAUCGGAAAACAGAAGAAUCCGCGGAAAAAGAAGAUAAAGUCGGAGAACGGCGGGAUCGACGCGAAUUUGCCGUCGCCGAACGGGCGCGAAUCGCCGAGCAGCAAUCAGGAGGACAUGAUAUUGUCGUUUUUGUUGGAGGUGGAAGAGCAGGCGACGUGUGGCAACAAUCUCGGUAAUAUACCGAUUGGAAUCUCGAUGAUGAUGAAAAACGACCCGGAUUUCGAUGUUUCUACGCUCUUUCAUAGCCAAUAUGUCAGAAAUCAAGAGAGUUUUCCGGUAAGUUGAUAUUGUAGGCUUCCAAGACGUCCAAACGUUUUUGCAAACAUUUGUAGACAUUCUUGACGUCUGGUAGUACAUUUUUGUAGUUGACACUUUUUUGAUAGGACCCCUACCUGGAUUACUGUAGCGCUUAGAAGUUUGCAUGGACUUUUAGCCACCCCAAACUUUUGAAAAGAUAUAAUAACUUUCGCAAAGGUUGUAGAGAAAAAUGGUCAACUACAAAAACACAGUACUAGACAUGUACAUUAUUUUUGUAGUUGACAACUUUUUGAUACGCGCACGCGUUGGAGUACUGUAUCGCGUUUUUGCAGAUCAACUACGGAAUCGGCCGGACGGCGUCAGUGGAGCAGCUCAUCGCGGCCCUCCGACGAUACGUUCUUUCCGCAGUUCACUGGAUCGACGCUCUGUUCAACAGGGCCCAAUUGACUGAAAUGCACGAUAAAACGACGCUUUUGAAGGCCGUCAUCGGACCGUUCACAAUUUUUAACAUCGCCGCAAGGACCGCCCAAAUAACGGCCGCCAUUCCGGCGAACGACGUCGACUUGAUUUGUUUGUGCAAUAAAAGUACGAUCGGAAGACAACCCGCCAGACAUUUGUUGGAUACAAAGUGAGAUUUUUUGGGGGUUUUGGAUGGAAUUUCCGGAGGUGGUUGGAGCAAAAACGAGCAAAAACGGGCUUUCCAAAAAUGAGUCAAUUUUAAAACGAAUAUUGUAGAGUUCUGCGAUGUCCCAUGGUUCUAAAAAAUUUUGUGCACAAUCUUGACAUCUAGUACUUUAAUUUUUCAGUUGACACUUUUUUCCUACGACCACGCUGUGGAGUACUGUAGUUCGUUAAAGUUGGGACUGGAAUCCGUAGGCUUUUGAGCAAUCGUAACUUUGAGCAGCUACAGUAGUCUUAGGAGUGAUGGUACAAAACAUGUGUCAACUACAAAAAUGUAGAACAAGACAUGUACAUCACUUUUGUAAUUGAUCAAUUUUUGCUACGAUCACUGCUCGGGAUACUGUAGCCGUUUUCUUGCAAUGCCAGCAAUUAUUGAUCGAAAAUAUCAAUGCGAUAUUGUAUGGCUCUUAAACAUCACUCUUUCUUUUUCAGUCUGGUCGGAAACAACUUCGUGGGCCGUGUCAUCGACGAUCUCGUCGUGCCGACCAAGAAAUUGGGCCUUUCCAAUCCGGAAAUCACCAUUCUUUCGGCCCUCAUCAUUCUGGAUUCAGAUGCGCGCGGCAUGAGCACCGGCACGUCGGCGGCUCUUUGCGGAAUCCGCGAUCGACUUCAAAAUGCGCUUUUUAACGUUAGUAAUGACCGAACAUGCUCAAUAUGCGGCCGCGCGGGCUCAAAAAUCCAAUUUUCAAGCGUGUAACAUUUCGAUUUGCGGUCACACUUUCGCCUAUUCACAAAUCGCACGAAAAUCGCCCCGCAUCAAAAGCAUGUUUGGAGCUUGAUUUAGCGCAAAUUAGGUUUCGCUUGAUGGGAUUAGCGCUCUCUCUCUCGCCGCCAGGUGCAAAUAUUUAUCUGAUUUUCGUGUCGUAUUCGACUAAAAAUAACAAGUGGGCGCGAAAAAUAAACGCGCGGGGACUUGCUUUCGGAUUGGAAAUGUGAAGCAAACGAAUGCAAAAGACAUUUGACACGUCGGGGCAUCGAACCCGCCCGACCUCAAGAUUACUAAUCGCGCCUUGUGCCACUAAGCCAUCCGAACUUGACUUUUGAACCAGGUCAAUAUUAGUGUCAAAACUCUUCAAAUCUCUCGGAGACGCCGAAAAUAAUGUUUUGCAGCUGAUCCGAGACACGUACCCGAACAUGACGACAGUGACCAGUCGAUUCGGCAACUGUCUGCUUCUUUUUCCACCGCUGGCGGUAGGCAAAAUGCGAUUUUCGGCGGAAACACGCGAAAACUUGCAGAAAUUGAGCAGUUUGAUCGGUGAAAAUGUGCAAUUGGCCAAAAUGUUCGGACUGCCGAUCGAUUCGCUGCUCGUCGAGCUCUACGUGGACGCCGACUCACCAGAAGCACGUUUUUCUUUGUAUUUUGUGACUUGAAAAGCACGUGCGUGCGGCAGCUCGGAAAUUUGUUAUCAGUGAUGAUAGAGGCGAAAAGUGAUGUUUGGUGAGAGAGCGAUAAAAAUGAAUUGCGUUGACGUUGUGAGUUGAGUGCAAAAAGUGAAGAUUUUAGGGACUUUUUGCCGAGUUUUGAGUUUUGAGACGAAUCUUGACAUCUAGUACUACAUUUUUGUAGUUGACACUUUUUUGCUACGUCCACGCGUUGGAGUACUGUAGUGUCUUGAAGUUGGGACAGAAAUUUGAAGCCUUUUUGUAGGCCUAACUUCAAAGAGCUACAGUAGUCUUAGGAGUGGGUGUACCAAAAAAGUGUCAAUUACAAAAUUAAAGUACUGGACAUGUACACUAUUUUUGUAGUUGAUCACUUUUCUCUAAACACGAUACUAAGAGUACUGUAGUCUCUGGAAGUUGGAGCUCUUCUUAGGUGUCUCAAAUUGUAGCUGACUUCAAGGGACCAUCGUACUCCAGGAAGUAGUUGUACCAAAAAAGUGUCAACGAACAAUUUGUAGUUCUAGGCACCAAGAUUGCGUACAAAAAAUGUUGGAAACAGGGAACGUCUUAGAAUCCUACAAUAUCCGCUCAAACUCAAUCGAUAUUUUGCAGCUGAUCUCGCAAAGUUCGCACGCUCGCGAACGCAUGGACGUUUCGACGCAAACCGCUGCGGGCGAGGGACCAGCACCGACGGGGACCAGUGAAGACGUGGCCGAAGGAUUCAUCAAGGAGGAGCUGGAAAACGCGGCGGCGAGCACCGAAAGUCCGUCGAGUUCCGAAGAGCCCAUGUGCAUUGGGACGACCAUCUCGAGCACGUCUACCGUGGCCACCAACUUCGCCGCCGAUCUUCUGGGACUACUUCCGAACUUUGAUGUCACCUCGGCUGGCCUAGAAUUGGCCACGGCCGCGGCCGCCGCCUCCAAUCUCGCCUACAAUCCGUUUUACGGCUUCGGAAACCUCGGCGGGAGCCUCGACGACUCCUCCUCAUCCGGCGGAUCCACCAGCUUCGCGCCCCACUCGGCACCGCCAAUUUCGAGCACGACCAAUCCGUUCGCGGCGACCGCGCACGCGUUUUUCGAUAAUAGCGCGCCGAACACCGGCGUGGUGCACAAUCAGCAGUUCCGAUUCGUCUAG